AUGAUAGUCACGGAAAGCAAUCAUUGGUCAACCAUAAUUAAUGUUAUAUUGCAAUCAUAUUUUUCGAAUCUAACAACAACAUGUAUAUUGAGACAUAAGGAUUAUGAUUUGGCCUCACCAUCUACAGGUGUAAAUUUUAAUGCGUAUUUGCAUAUCAAUCCAGGGACUUUGGAAGAAUCUUUCGACACGGAUAUUUACAAUUAUACGCAGCAGGAUGACGAUUUUAAUCGAAAUGGAAUUUUUUACGAUAAUUGGACAAGAAAAUUUGUGGCAGCUAUUAAGCAAACACAUUGUGAGGGUUUUGUGGCCUUUCAAGAUGACAUUCCAAAAUUUGCCCGAACUUAUCGAAAGGCUAGUGUCUAUUCCAUAUGGAGACCAAUACAAUCGAAAUUUUUAUUUGUCUACACAAAGGAGCAACAACGUGAGGACUACUUUCAGGAUUUGUUAUUUAAAAAUGCCGCAAACAUUUUAAUCAUUGAAUCGGAAUAUAAAAAUUCCACUCAAUUCAAUAUAAAAACAAAUAAAUUUGUUGGUUCUUUGUUUGAAAAUCCUCAAGAAUUACAGCAAAUAACUCAAUUCGAUGCUCUAACUGGGAAAUUUGAACCAAAAGUAGAUUUAAUUCUUCGCAAUAAAUUACAAAAUUUACAGGGACGUGAAAUUAUUGUCGGUGCUUUUGAUUAUCGUCCAUUUAUGGUGGUGGAUUUUCAUCGUUUACCUCAAUACUAUGAUAGGGCUGAGGAUAAUCCACGGCAUUUGGCCCAUGUUGAUGGUACCGAAAUGCAUAUAGUUCAUACAUUUUGUGCUCUAUAUAAUUGUAGUGUUCAGGUGGAUACAUCCGAGAAAGAAGAAUGGGGUAUGGUGUUCCCCAACUAUACAGCCAAUGGCUUAAUGGGAAUGAUUAUCGAUGACAAAACUCAUAUGGGCAUGGGAGCUAUGUAUUUGUGGGACUUGGCCUACAAAUCCUUGGAUCAAACCAUAUUCCUUGGACGUUCGGGUAUAACAUGUCUAGUUCCGGCUCCAACACGGAUUACCAGUUGGAAUUUACCAAUAUCACCAUUUCAAUAUACACUGUGGCUGGGUGUAUUCCUGUGCUUGUUUUGGGAGAUGUUGGCUUUAUUUUUGACCCGGCUGUUCGAAGAACGUGUGGUGGAAAAAAAGAAAAUCUCCGCCAUAUGGUCGAGUAUUGAAUUUGGUUAUGUUACUACAUUGAAAUUAUUUAUAUCACAGGGGUCCGAUUAUGUGGUAAAUUCGCAUACUGUUAGGACCAUUCUAUUUGCCUGCUAUAUGAUUGAUAUUAUUGUGACGAGUAUUUAUGCGGGUGGAUUAUCGGCCAUAUUGACGUUGCCAGCUCUUGAGGAGGUAGCCGAUUCUGUUGAACGUCUAUAUCGCCACAAUAUAACCUGGACAGCCACAUCAUACGAUUGGAUUGUCUCCAUAACGGUUAAUGAAAGCGAGGAAUCCGAUCCCAUCUAUAGCAGCCUCUUGGCCAAUUAUCGCGUCAACAGCAUGUCUGAAAUGCGCCGUAAGGCCAAAACUGAAAAUAUGGGUUUCGUUUUGGAACGUAUGGCAUUUGGUCAUUUUGGUAAUGGUGAUUUUAUAACCCCCGAAGCUCUACAGCGCUUGAAGUUAAUGGUCGAUGAUAUCUAUUAUCAAUUCACUGUGGGUAUGGUACCGCGCAUGUGGGCCCAUUUACCCAAAUAUAAUGAUUUAAUAUUGGCCUGGCAUUCAUCGGGUCUUUCACAAUAUUGGGAAUGGAAAAUUGUUGCCGACUACAUGAAUGCCAAUGAACAGAAUCAGGUACAGGCAUCGAUGUACACUCAAGUGGACGCGGGUCCCGUCAAAUUGGAUAUGAAAAAUUUUGCCGGUUUAAUUUUACCAUGGUUUAUUGGUAUAUUUAUAAGUUGUGUGGUUUUUAUUGGUGAGUUGAUAUACUAUCGAUGGGAGAAGAGAAGGGAGAAUUGA